ACAAAUAGCAGCAAUAAUAACACUGUUAAACAAAAAUUGAACGAUUGUACAUAUUUAUAUGAUUGAGAAUCAAUUUAAUCUAUUUUUUAUAGCCAGUUGUUUUGUUUGUUGCAACAAUUAUAACCUGUUUACGGCUUGUGGAAUGAAAGGCUUUCAAGUAAAAAUGACCUGGGAAAGAAAUACAAAAAGAUGGUUCACAAAGCUUUACGCCAAACCCCGAAAGUCACCUGCCAAGAAAUGGCGAUAGAUCUGUAACCACACUGUGGUCCACAGUCUGUGUGCUUCAUCGUCAGUGGAUUUAUGAUGCAAGACAAACAGGUCAGAAAUGUGUGGAUUUUUUCAUCCAGGAAGAUUGUGUACUGUACAAUACCGUACAUUUUAAAUAGUAUUUUGUUUUAUAAAUAGUUGAAACCAUUAACUGGUUGUGGUAUACACCAACGUUUUGUUUCAUUUGUUUCAUAACAGUUAACUUAUUGUAUGCAAUAUACCUCCUCGGGCGCAGCUGAAAAUUCAAAAGUGUUAAAUUAUUUUGCAUCCACUAGUGGGUACUACCGUCCUGAACUGAAAGGUAAUACACAUUAAUAAAUAAAUUCAUAAUUUCUGUAUUUCUCACUUUUGCUGUUUAAAUGACUUAUUAAAGCUUAAAGAGCAAACAUCUGGCAGAAUUUUCUGUUUGAGUUCACUGAACCAUACCCCUUUGUUAUUCAGACAGAAGUCAAAUUGGUAUAAAACAUCAUUUAAGUAAAAAAGUAAUUUACAAAAAAGUUUUCCAUUCUUAAAAAAAUACAUCUCUGAAUUAUAUUUCAAAUAAAUAUAUUGGGCCUAUUUAUAUUUUAAAAUAUGUAUUUUGUAAAUAGUAAAAUUAUUUCAUGCCCAUCCCUGAUCACCAGCCCUUUUGAAAUGGUAGUCAUCAUGGAUCAUACUUAUAAAAAAUAUGUUACUGGGAAUGUGUUACAGUAGUGACCAAUGUUGCAAAUAACUUGAAAUUACAAAAAAGACAGAAGCAUCUUUUCUAGUACAAAAAAAGGCUAACCCCCAGAACCAAUGUGGGUCAAUUUUACUGCAUGAAUGAAUGCAUAUAAUCCAUUCCAAAGGAGAUUCUACCACAUAAAAAAAAUGUGGCGCUACUCCAUUUGAACCAUUGUGCAUAAAAAAAAAAAAAAAAAACUUGUGUCAUAUAACAUAAUAAAAAAGGUCUAGUGGUACAUCAUUAGAUAUUGUAAGAACACUGUAAAAGGCCUCAUUCCCACAAAGUCAGUACAAGCAUAUUAGGAGGCUGAUUAGCUUCAGGUGUGGAAUAGCCCAUGUGCAUAGUUUUAAAAGUUAUGUACCCUUGAGAGGGCAAAACCAACAUACUAUAACUUACUGCCUUGGGCGCUGAAUAGCAAAGUAGGGCAGUUCUAAAUAGCAUCUUUCUUUGCAUUGUGCAUUACUGAUAGGAUUCCAAUAUCUGCUGCAUGUGAAGUGAAUUCAUUGUGUGGUGGCUGGAUCGAUGCAUGACAAUCUACAGCAAUAAAACCUUUAUUUUUAUGUUUAUUUCAAGGGCUGGUUAUUGUGAUUUUUGUCUGCUAUUCUAUAGAACAAGCCCAUCCACUAAAAGAUGUAUUAUUGCAAGGCUUGCCAGUUGAAAUGUAACAACUAUAUGCAAUUAAAGUCCCAUUUGAAGGGAGCUAAACACAGAGCGAGAGUGGAAGCGAUUGCUAAGAAUGCUAAAAAAUGGAGGUCUCUGGAGCAGUACCUUAAAAAUACCAAACUUAAUGAGCCUGUGAUUGGUCUGCAGUAUGUGGUAGAGUUCCGUAGCCCCAAUGAUGAGCUGCCUCCACAUUACUUGUGCAAGCUGUGUGAAGUCAAGGCAAAGCAGCUAGGCUUUGUUACUCAUAUCACUGGCUGGAAACAUCGCUACAAUUACAUGAAAAAGAAGCAUGCUGAUAUGGUACCGUUUGAUGAAACGCAAGUCAAGGAUGCGAGAAUGCACAAGACAAUUAAAGAUAAGGCAGAGCUUGUUGAGCAUUUGGAAGGAAGGGGUGAAAUAGAGGUUGUGAUAGAGAAGUUGACAGAAGAUCCAGCUUUAAAGAGACCAAACAUUGAACCAGAUGCAAGGAAGACAGCAGCAAAGAUCCCACGGGUGGAUAUCCCAAGAGCUCAGCGUAAAUGUGGGCGAUUUCCUAAUGAUGGCCCAGCAGGAAGGCACCAGGAUGACUUUCGACGUGGAUUGCCCCCAGACCAUUUUCCCAGUCGGAUGCAUCCCAGAGAUUUUCCCAAUGAUUUUCACACUAAAAUGCCCAGUGAUGAUUUUCCGAUUGGGAUGGCUCGUGAAGAUAUUCCCACUGGGAUGCACAAUGAGGCUUUUCCUAGUAUGAGCUACCUAGAUGACCCUGGAAGAAGAUAUCCUGAUGAAUUUCCUAGUGGAAGGUACCCUGAAGACGGCUCCCUUAGAGGGGAGAGGAUGAGGCUGGAAAUAAGCGACUUUGAAAAUGGAUGCUCUGACAUGAGAAGUGAGUUUGAAAUGCACCUCACCAGAAGACAAGGAAUGGAUCGCAUGGCUCCAAUGGAGGAUGAAGGCGUCUGGAGUGGCCUGGCAAGUUCUGCAGUUCUUGAAUGCCUGGAAAACUUCCAUAUAGAAACUGAGGGCGAUGCACAGAUGGUUCUGAAGAUCACACAGAAGCUGACUGACAUACUGAUGGAGUAUCGACUGAGAGAUGUUGCAGCACCUAAAAGCAAUGAACAGCCCUCUGAUACUCAGGAAUAUCCUCUGAUGAGAAUGUCUGGGGGAGAUUGCUAUCUAAGAGGUCCGUCCAGAUAUCCUGAUGAAUUCUCACCUGCCUCCAGAAACAGGUUAGGGAAGUCCCUGUUCUGAUUGGGUAGAAUCAGAAAGAGGAACGGCCUCUACAAUUCACAUAGACCAAGUAAAGGCAAUGACGAAAUGAAUAUCAGGACAUUCAUUUGGCAGAAGUAUUUUUUUUCCCCCUAAUUCUUUUUUUUUUUUUUUUUUUUUUUAAUAGGAAUGCAUCUUUUUUAAAUCAUUUUAAAUCCGCUGUACAAUAGUAUUAUUCCAUUCUUAAUCAAUUGACCAGCUAGGCUAUUUGUUUUGUAUGGUAACAAAAAAGGUAUGCAUUUGUGCUCGAGGUAGUACUUGAUAUUAGGUUAGAUCAGGUGUAACUGCAAAAAAAAAAAUGUAUAGCCAAGAUUAUUAUUUUGUUCUUUUGUUUUUAAGUUUGUUAAAGUACUUUUCCAUUGUCUGUAUAUACAGACCCAUAGGGGCUGUGGCACCCCCACAAAAUGUUCAGUUUACAGCCAAUUUAGAAUGGGGUUUCAUUGCUCUAUAGUAAUGAUAUCUGUUUGAAGAGUCGGCUGUUGUCAAUUGCUGUUGAUAAUCAGUGGCCAAAUAAAUAGGGAGGCAGAAAAAAGAUUUAGGGCUUAGGGCCCCCUUAAGCUCCCAGCAGCAGUAGCUUAUUGUAUCGGACUGACAACACUUUAUUAAUAUUACUUUAAUAUUAAUAUUGUUGUUAUUAUUAUUAUUCAAGGUGACUUGCAGGUUUUACAGGACAGU